GAUGGAAGCUGGGUGAGCGAGGAACCUAAGAAAAACUAUGAGGAGAUGAUAGCCAUUCAUACCCAAGCAAAAGAAGAUGGGAAGUCCUUAUCUGGUCGUGAGAUUGUUGAGAUGGUGCUGAAGAAAAAGGUCAAGUAUGGACCAAAGGAAACAGUUCGUUCGACAAGAGAGAUACAACUGGAAGCAGAAUUGCAAGAGGAAAGAGCUGAAUCUGAG